CUCGUCCAUCAAAACAUAAGCGAGGUCAAAAGGCCUGCGCCCCCUGCCAUAAAGGCAAAAUAAGAGUAUCGAUACCCUUCACGCCUUUCAUGCGAUAGAAUUUUAAUGGUUAGCACAGUGUAAUGGCGGUGAGCCUUGUGAGAACUGUAAAAGAAAGGGAAGGCAUGAUUGUGUUUAUGAAAGUCCGAUGCCUCUUAUGCUAAAGUUGAUCCUCGAUUUCGAUCAUCCAUCGUUGCAGGACCCGAAGCUAGAGAAUCUCAUCUCACAAUGCCGCUCAGUGCGAAAUUCUUUCCAAGAAGGCCACAUGAAAAUUGCUUGGAACGGUCUUGGGGACGUCUCUGCUGAGGUGAGCAGGAUAAAGAAAGGUGUGUAUACACUUAACAAGCAGGUCAAUGGUAUUUGGCUAAGGAGCAAAGACUACAAAAAAUCAGAUUUCUUUGCCCAGAUCCUGUGGGUACUUGUCUAUGUCGAGGCGAGGUUAUGUUUCUUGUUUCAACGCAAAACACGUUUGCCUCAACCACGAAGGCCAAUGCUCGUAAAGGCGCACUUUAAUGACCGCAAACUCUGCAACAUCUAUGUCAACACAACUACUGUCCUACUUAAUGCCUGUCACGAUUUAUCACCCUUCAACAACUAUAUGCAGGAGUUGCAGAAAAAUCUCGCAGACGUGCAGCAAAUUCAGGAGAUAUUGAAUCAAGGUUCUGCGCAAUCAGAAGCGGCUAGAGAUCUAAUAUUUGAGUUGCAAUUCUCCUUGCGCUUACUGUCUAAAGGAACGGUAGUCGAGAACAAGGACAACGAUCUUGGACGCAAGGCUCAGUUCUGGCCUCCUGAAAUCGCUGCAACCCUGGAGGGUGUGCAAACAUCGAGUCUAAGAAGUACUGCUGUCACUCAAUCUGUCGGUGCCGAUAAGCAUCUUGACCCGAAUGAGAAGUUCCUUUUCAACGCCGAUGGCUAUUCCCCAGACGAAGUCGCCCAUAGUCAGCCUCGAAACCAAUGGGAAGAUGAAGGAUGCAUUGACCGGUGUGUCGAAAUGGAUACGAACCCUGUAGAAGAUGCAACAAAAUCGGAGAACAUCCAAGAGUUACUCCAGGGACUUCAUAUUCCUUUACCAUCCUUUGGAACUUCCGCGGAAGGACCAUUGAGCCUCACCUUCUCCGAGAACGACUGGAAACAACCGAUGAUUGAGAUUCGCCAUUGUAGUUGGCUCGAUGAGGUCAACACAAUUCUUAACCUGGAUAGCCAGAUCACUAUUGGGUCAGCGGUUCCCCUCGAGGAGGCAGUCCUCGCAGUGUAUCACUUAAACAGUCAACAAUCAAAGCUUCCCAGAACGCACAGAAAGUUAAUGUUCGAUGCCUUGCGAGUGAGGCUACUUCACUGCGCCAUUUUAGCUCGAAUCGGAGGCGACAAGAGACGAUACUUUGAGCUCUUCCCAGUGUCGUGUAUUGGGGAGAGGAUUGACUUGGUGCCAACUCCUACCGACUCUAACGUAUCUGGCUACCUCUGUAAAUGGAAUACGCGUGGUGACGAUCAAUGGGAGUGCGAGAUUAGCGAUCGUGGUAGCAUGGUAUCAAAGAAAGUGGACUGGAAGGAGCUGAAGGAUGAAUCAUUGGUACUAAGCGGAGGAAUGGGCCAACUUCAUCAAGGUCUCCUUCGUAGGUAUAGAGUCUGAAGUUCCAUACUGAACAAAGGAAAUGAACA